AGACACAUCAGCACUUCCGGUUAUUGCAUUGAUCGACAAACAACAACUACUAUGACUUAGACAGAUUUCCAACAACAAAUCACCGGAGAGUGCUGACUUCAGCCUACCAUGUUUUACGGAAAACGAACCAAAACAGCUUAAUACGGAAUACAAACCAAAAUCAACCUAAAAUGUCUCUGUUAACACCGAAAACGAUCGUAAUUACCACCGUCCCCGGGAAGACGCAGUCCAGACCCAUCACUGUACAGGCCCCAAUGGACGUGGACUAUUAUUCGGAGGAUCAGGAUGGAGGGCCAAGAAAGAGGCGUCGGCUAACGCACCUGUCUCCAGAGGAAAAAAUGAUGCGAAGAAAAUUGAAGAACCGUGUAGCAGCACAAACUGCACGUGACAGGAAGAAAGCUAUGAUGAGCGACCUCGAAAUCCAAGUAGCAAAAUUGAUGGAAGAAAACAAACGUCUACAAAGAGAAAACAGUAACCUCAAACACAGAUCUUCUGCCUUGUUGACGGAAAACUCGUCGCUGAAGGAACGUCUUGGAUCGGACGGUUCGCUGGUGAAGCUGGAGGAGGGGACCUCGGGAUCUGCAGUAUCCUCAGUCUCUCUGCCGCGGGGACACGCCCCUUCUCCAUCUCUACCAGUGAUGCCUUACGUUCUAACUCUGUGUGCAAGUUCCCCCGAGCAAGCUACAGACAUUGAUGUCAAACCUGUAUGCCAGCUCCAAAUUAAGCCAAGCGGAGAUACCCAACCUGGAGCCGAUUCUUCAGUGGUGGGGCCGUCACCAGCAGAAUUGGAAUCCAUCAAUGAACUGAUUAAAUUUGAUCAUGAGUAUUAUAAAAUCGAACCCCUCACCCCAGAGCCCGGCUUGGAGGUCAUCGUCGAUUCAGGAGUAAAUUCUUCCGUUGAAAUUCAAUCCGACACAAUGUGCAUUGUUCAAAACCUAAAAACCGAAUUUCCUUCUCAAAAGGAUUGUGUUCAGACAAUUUCUGAGGACUCCCUUGUUUCUUCUAUUGAAGACUUUGUGGACUUAGAAAAAGAAGUGUUGAAUGUUUUGCCAGAGAUAAACAUUGAUCUUCUGAAUGAAAUUGAAAGCCUCAUUGAAGAUGACCUCCAAUCUCAGGCCAUUCCUGAUUCCACAGAUGAAGUUUUACAAAAUGGACAGAUCUUGCUGCCAGUCGAACAGAAUAAGAAACUUCAGAGUGAACUGUUGCCACCAGUAGAAGAGAAAAGUUCUCUGAAGAGGAAACACUCCCAGACAUGUACUUCUUCAUCCGAUCUCCUCUUCCUAGAAGAUUGUUUAACCGGCAGUGACUCUGGGAUUAGCAGUGACUAUAGCGAGGCUGGCUCGCCCUACAGUGACAUUUCUGGAGGGCUGUCAGAUAAUGUCUGGGAGGAAUCUUUCUGUGAACUAUUCCCUGACCUGAUGUAAACAGUUACUGUGAAGUUCAUUGUUCUGUACAUACAUACAUGUACAUUUAUACUCUAUAUUCUCAUAAUUUAUUCAGAAGGGAUGCCUUUCUCUCAUUUUAACAUGUACAUAAUGUUCAUUUUGUGAAAUAAAUCUUAUGGAAAAUGGGAA